AUGAAAGAAUCAAUGAACCGUCCGCGGCAACCACAGGCGCGUCGGGGCACCGCCCCCUUCCGCUCUCCACCCCCUCCCUCACACACCACGCGGUGGGGCCAAGGGCGGGUCUCUCGCGACCGUUCGCUGGCGCGUGCGCGGGAAACGGCGCGCGGCCGGAGGUGGCGGGCGGGCUCCCGGUGCGCGCGCGCGAGGGGAAAGGUGGCGGAGCUGUCCCAGUCCCAGCCCCUGCCCCUGCCCUCGCGCCGGCGAGCGCCGCCCGGGAGGCAGCGACUGGAGGAGCGGACCGGGCCCGCGGGGCCCGAAGUCAGGGAGCAGGAUGUGAUAACUGGACGUAGUCCCCUGCUCUUCAGGAAGCUUAGUAAUCCUGACAUAUUUUCAUCCACUGGAAAAGCUAAACUUCAACGACAACUUAGUCAGGAUGACUGCAAGUUACGGAGAGGAAGCCUGGCCAGUUCUUUGUCAGGUAAGCAGCUGCUCCCCUUGUCCGGCAGUGCACACAGCAGUGUGGGACAGGUGAGUUGGCAGUCUUCAGGAGAAGCGUCCAACCUGGUGUGGAUGAGGAAUCAGUCCCUCGGACAGUCUGCGCCUUCCCUUACUGCUGGCUUGAUAUUGAAGAUUUUGAUCAGGAUUACAUACAGGUGGUAGGCUCCAAGAAUGUGAAUGAAGAUUGAGUGGUUAAACUAGUUGCCACUGAUAGAAGAUGCACUGCUUUGUACAAAUUGCUUAACUUUCCUGUAAUGCUUUUUCUUUGUAAAAUGGGAAUAAAAAAUAUCUGAAGUAGUUAUUCUCUUUUUGUCUUAAAUAUUAAAUGAAUUUGUAGAUGUAAAGUUUAGUACAAUG